GCGAGGCCUCUCCACGUGGGCUAUUUCUGAACGGGUUCAGUACAAGAGAAACCACUUGUUAUCGGAGAGAAAAAGCAAAGAAAUUGAAAAUGCCACCAUGGUUAUAGUGUCCAGUGUUUGAGGAUUAAGGAUGUGAGGAUGUCGGCGUCCGCUGAGGAUCUCUCCGAUUUGGGGCAUUAUGAGAACUACAAGGAGAUCUCUUUAAUUGGUAAUGGAGCGUACGGAACAGUGUACAAAGGGAAGGAUGUGAAGAAUGGCAACCAGAUCGUUGCUAUCAAACGGAUUCGUAUUGAGCGUUCUGAAGAGGAAGGCAUGCCACUAAGCACGAUCCGUGAAAUCAGUCUGCUGACUCAGCUGGGCAAUCAUGAACACCCCAACAUCGUCAGACUACUGGAUGUGAUCCAUGACCAACUAGGGAAGAAGGACAUUCAGCUGAUGUUGGUGUUUGAGUACAUAGACCAGGACCUCUCCAUGUACCUGGACAGGUGCCCCUCCCCAGGACUUGGCCCCGACAGAAUCACGGACUUGAUGUAUCAGUUGUUGAAAGGGGUUGACUUUUUGCAUGAACACAGAAUUAUACACCGUGAUUUGAAGCCACAGAACAUCCUGGUGACCAAAACUGGUCAGCUCAAGUUGGCAGACUUUGGCCUGGCCAGAGUGUAUGCUUUCCAGAUGGCCCUUACUGCUGUGGUGGUGACAUUGUGGUAUAGAGCCCCAGAAGUGCUGUUACUGGAUCAGUAUGCCACGCCUGUGGAUCUGUGGAGCUGUGGCUGUAUCUUUGCUGAGUUGUUCAACAGACAACCACUAUUUCGAGGCAAUGCUGAAGUGGACCAGUUGAAUAAAAUAUUUGAAAAAAUGGGUUUACCAAAUGAGGAGGAUUGGCCAGAAGAUGUGCCCAUGUCGCGGUCCUGUUUCAGCUCUGCCCCGCCCCAGUCUGUGGAGUCGUACAUACCAGAGAUUGACCCCAAGGGCAAAGAUUUAUUUUUGAAACUUCUCACCUUUAAUCCUCAUCAAAGAAUUAGUGCAAAAGAUGCUCUAAAACAUCCGUACUUCAGCGAAGCCGACAGUGAUAAUGAUGCCAGUACGAGUACUUCAACAACAACAGAGACAAAUAAUGGGGCAAAGACCUCGCAGAAUUUAUCAGAAGCAAAGUCGGUACCCUCUCCCAAAGCAUCCUGAAAAUGACAAUGUUUACAUUGUACAAAAGUUGUAAAAUGGUGGCUACUAGUAUUUUAGAAAAUCUUCGCAAUUUAAACUUGGUGAAAUCUGAUGAAGUUAUUGUCAAUGAUUUGUGAAGUUAGACUUGCAUGUGGAUCUGCAUGCAGUGAAGUGGAUACAGAGAUUUUAAUUGUUAUCAGUACGUGGAAUUGAAAUUGUACAUGGCAAUGCAAAACAGGGUAGCCUACCUGUACCUUUAAGUGGAUAAAUCCAUAGCAAAGUUUCUCAAGAACAUUUCAUGACCAACUCAAAUCAGGUUCCCAUUCGUAUAGACAGAUGUAUGUAGGGAAAGAGAGCAGUAGGCUGUAUAUAGUAACCAGUGAUUGGAAGCUCAGAUCCAUGUCAGUUUUACUUACUGUGAGAAUGUUACUACUUGUGCAACUGUAGGCUGAUGCAAUUGUCUCUUAUAUAUCAGACCUACUUGUACAUAUGCUGUUUGUUAUUUCUAAAGAGAUCAUAUUUUAGUUUGUGUUGAAAAAGUUUCCACAAAUAAAUUUUAUCAACAAAGAAACACUGAAUGGGCCGUAAAAUCCUGUUCAAGUUAUCCUCAUAACAAAACUAUUUCUGAUAUUUUAUAAUAUAACAGAAUUUUCGCAUAUUUAAACCAACUAAAGCUAUUAACAGUUGAGCAUCCAACACAAAGUUAAAUUCAUUGUAACAGAUUAGAUGUUUUGAUAUCGUAGCAUAUAUGUAUAUCAUAAUGCUGAUGAAUGAAGAAUGUGUCCUCACACUUCCAUUAAUAUGUACAUAAUCUGCAUAUUUGCACUUACACAUGUCUAGACCCAAGUGGAGAACAAACUCACAAAUGUUGCACUAACCUUUGUAGUACAUUUUUUAAUUGUCAUACAUGUAAAUGGGAACCAAUUUUAUAAAAGUGAUUAUUACUAAUCAUCUCGGCUAGGAAUUUCUUAUCACUCUCAUAGUGGAUUGUCUGUCUCACAAGCCCACAAGAACUGCCAGUUCUACUUGGAAAUGUCUCAUUUGGUACAUAUGUACUGUAUCACUUGAAAAUGUCUCAUUUGGUACAUAUGUACUGUAUCACUUGAAAAUGUCUCAUUUGGUACAUAUGUACUGUAUCACUUGAAAAUGUCUCAUUUAGUACAUAUGUACUGUAUCACUUGAAAAUGUCUCAUUUGGUACAUAUGUACUAUAUCACUUGAAAAUGUCUCAUGGGGUACAUAUGUACCAUAUCACUUGGAAAUGUCUCAUGUAGUACAUAUUUACUAUAUUACUUGGAAAUGUCUCAUGUGGUACAUAUGUACUAUAUUACUUGGAAGUGUCUUGUGUGGUACAUAUGUACUAUAUUACUUGGAAAUGUGUCGUGAUACAUAUGUACUAUAUUACUUUAAAAGGUCUCGCGUGGUGCGGUACAUAUAUACUACAUGACUUGAAAAUUUCUUGGAUCUAUACAUUAUCAAAAUGAGGUAAACUGAACACUGUGGUGCUGUAUGUAUUUUUAAAAUAUGUUUGUAGUUUUGUACUGUGUUUUGCAUUUAUUUUUGAAUAUUUUAAUAACUUUUAGAUAGUCGAAAUAUUUUUUAUACCAUCACUUUUAGAGAUUUCAGUGAAGUUUACAUCAAAGUUUGUCGAGUUUAAAAUUGAAGUGUCAGGAUUUGUAAGUGUUGGACAGAUUCUCAUUACAUGAUCAUGCUGAAUUUCUUAGGAUACAUGUCAAUAUAUUUUUAUUUUGCUGAGAAUUUUUGCAUUGUGUUGAAAUUAUCAGUAUGUGAACAACAUGUCUGUUAAUGAAGCCAGAAACUGUAAUGUAAUGGAGUACUCAAUGCGUGAACAAGAUAUGUUAUUGAAACCAGAAACAGAAAUGUUUUGAAAGUGUCAGUGUUUGAACCACAUAUCUGUUAUUGGACCAAAACACAUAAUGCAAUGGAAUUUUCGGCUCGUGAACAAAUCUGUUGUAGUCAAAGGUUUUUUUGUUUAAUGUGAAAUCCAGUGCAAUUUGACGUGAAACCCAAGCGAUCACAUUUUUAAUGGUGGUAACAGUUAUGGAAGUCUGAGUGUGGUAUUUCAUUGGCCUAUAUAUUACUGCCGCGUCAAGUUCAUUUGCAGUGAAAAGUUGAACCUGGUAUUAAUAUAGUCUAGCUUAAUAUCAGGUUGAACGAACAAUUUUCCUAUUGAUUGAUAUGAAUUACCUAGGGUCAAUACCUACGUAUACCUACCAUUUGAAAAAAAAAAAAUAUCCAGUUACAUGUACUUAGCAAGCACGUGGUGAAAUCAGACAUUAAUUACUGGUUUACAAGAGAGAUCUGCUAUAUGCUCUAGUAUAUCUCUCUUACUUUCACUAUUUCUUUCCUUCCUUGGAUACAUUCUGGACUUGAGCAAGACUUUUAUUUUGUGGUACCAAAUAUCCUAUUGAUAUUUUGCAAUUAGUUGCAAUCUUUUUUAUCGGAAGAUAAGUCGCAUAUAUGCCGUGGUAUAGUAGGCCUAUAUCGCAAAAGUUAGAACAAAUGUGCGAUAGAUCUCUAUUAUAUUUUGUCUUAAUAUUUUUGGUAAUUUUGCAACUCCUGUUUGUAGAAAAUUGGACAUUAUGUAUACAUACCAGCCAUUCGUAAUGCUGUAAAGUACAGCAUCAGGUCUAUAAUGUUACAGAGAAACGACGGCGUUCAAAAUAGUGGAUUGGUGUUAUUGGACACUAGUUCGUACUUUCCGGUCUGGUUUGUGAACUGCAAACAUACGAAUAUGUUGACGCGUAUAAUAACCUCUAGAGAAUCGGCCAUGAUUGUAGUGUAGAAUUGUUUACUAACUUGAGCAGCAGGAAAUAACAGGAAUUUCACUGGAAUCUCGAACACAUGCUGUGUUUCCGUGUUCACGAGUAUUCGUGCACUGGCGCAUGCAUCACGUCAAGGCCCUGUCACGAGAAGUGGUUUGGCUGGCGGCAAGAAACGUGAAAGAAUUAAUAUGAGGUAAAAUGUUGACAUUUUCCCAAGCACAUUGCUAUGAUCAACGGAUCAGUUAAACUACAUAUUGAAAAGUAAAGAAAGACUUCUGCAUUGUGUAUGCCUACAUUGUAUUAG